AUGGCACCCAAGAACUUCACUGUCCUCAUCACUGGUGGUGGCAUAGCCGGCUUGACAUUAGCCAACCUUCUUGAGAGGGUUGGCAUCGACUUCAUCAUCCUUGAAGCAUACCGGGAAAUCGCACCCCAAGUCGGGGCAAGCAUUGGUAUCAUGCCGAACGGCAGUCGCGUUCUGGAUCAGAUCGGACUCUACGACGAUAUCAGGAGCCGGAUUGAGCAACCUCUUCUCACAUCGCUUCUUCGCGAUUCUAGUGGGAAGGUCUUGUCGAAGUACCGCGGCUAUGGGGAUCAAAACAAAGAUCGAUACGGAUACGACGUUAUUUUCGUGGAUCGCCAAAUGGUUCUCCAGGCAUUGUGGCGUAACCUAAAGAAUAAGGAUAAGGUUCACGUCAGCAAAAAGGUCACUCGCGUAUCGCUUGAACGAUCAGGAGUCACGGUAGAAACAAGCGACGGCCAAUUCUUCUCAGGCGACAUCUUAGUCGGCGCAGACGGCGUUCACAGCAAAGUUAGAAGCGAGAUGUGGCGGCUCGCAGACGCUAUGAAACCUGGCUACAUUCCCGCUUCAGAACAUACAGAAUGUCUCCCUACGGUCUACAAGUGUAUCUUCGGUAUUUCCGUUAUGAAGGACUGGGACCACACGGCAAUCCAGACCAAUCUGAACAAGAACUUUUCGUAUCUGAUCAUUGGUGGUCCCAAUGACCGAGUUUACUGGUUUCUACUCGUCAACAUGGGCCAAACGUACCGUGGCAAAGAGCCCCCGCGAUUCACGAAACAAGACGAAGAAGCACUGGUUAAUGAGCACCGGAACGACAGAAUCGCCGAGUUAACGACGUUCCAAGACCUCUACUCUAAGAAGGUCACCUCUGUUCUGACCGCACUACCCGAAUACGUGUUUAAGAAAUGGCAUUUUAACCGCAUUAUGACAAUCGGAGACGCAGCGCAUAAGCUUGAGCCCAUUGCCGGACAAGGCGGCAACAGCGCUAUCGAAACGGCCGCCGUCCUCGUUAACAACCUGGUACUCCUUCUGAAAGCACACCCGUCCGGUGUCACAACGGCCGAGAUCAAUGCCGCGUUUGCCGAGACGCAGGAGAAGCGCGAGCCGCGCGUCUCGCAGCUUGUCAGAGCUUCUCAUGAAGACCAACGUUUCGCCGCCCUGGAGAGUCCUAUGGCAGAGUUUAUUGCCAGGUAUAUCAUACCUGGCGGGACUAUCGACGACAAGCUGCACAGAUCCGGCGCAAGAAUUGAGGGCGGCCAUAAAUUGGACAUCCUGGACGUCCCGAAGAAGAGACACUUUAUCCCCUACCACGAUGAACUCCCCGGCCCUCGACAGGACUCACCUGGGCUGCUCAGGCUUGUUCUGGCAGCCGUUCUCUGUGGUAUUAUCUACACUGCAGAAAAAACUCUGGCGCUUUCGACAGGACCGAGACCGUCCAAGAUCACUUUCUUGGGUGACACACUAAAAAAAACUUUCACCGGCAUUCCUCAAGUCGACGCUAGGCUCUCGGGUCUCGUUUGGGGCUUCUCUCAAAGUAUUACUGGCCCUGAUCCAAACACAAGGCUUCAAUGCGUCUACUUCAUAGUCAGCAUGCUUCCCGCCGUCUACAUCUGGACACUCGAAGCUUACCGCAACGGUAACACCAGAUCUCCCGUGUCCUGGCCCUCCGUCUUCACCAUCGCCCAGCUAGUCGGCAUCGGCAAAAUCGCGCCGCUAUACUUCCUUAUCACCUUAUGGACAUCUAGCGGGUCAAUCUACACCCGCCCUACGGGCCGGCCGAUUCCCUCCUUGGUUGCCAAGGCUUUGCUUCCUGCUCUAUGCAUUGGAUAUGUUCUCCCCACCGCUCUCAUGCUCAUCCAAUACGGCGACAGCGUUGCUCAGCAAAACGCCAUCGCGUUCUGGCAGGCAUCUACUCUGUACGUCCCCGUGCUAACGUGGACCUCUUACCGCAUUUUCCAGCAAGUGGCGCCCACUAAGUCCUUGGACUGGGAGUUGUUCGAGAACAAGGACCUGCCUUAUCUCCAAGCUGGCUACGCGUUCACGUUCUUCACCUGCGCCAUCACGCACAUCUGCACCCUUGUGUACGCCUACAACAGCCCCACGGUGUCCCUGUCCAAGGCCAUCUUCAGUCAUCUGACCUUUGCGUCCUUUGACUUCGGAGACGACAUCAUCAAGUUUUGGAAGUGGGACAUGUUUCUGUACCUUGUUACCGUGGUCAUCUGGUGCUUUUACAGCGUAUACGAGCUGCGUCGUCUGGGGUACGUGUCAACUCGGACGGUCUUGGUGGCCGGGGCGACGGCUCUGGCCGCGCAAGUUGUUGUUGGGCCGGCGGCGACGUACGCAGGUUUAUGGUACUGGAGGGAGGGCGUUAUUGCCGGCAUGUCGAAGGCGUUCUAA